GAGUACAGUAGGUUGUAAAAGGGAGUUUAAAAUUACAGACCCUGUUACAGGCAAUAGUUAGCUCUCUUCUCUUUUAAAAACGGGCUAACAAACAAACCUAAAAACACUUGCUGAGCUUUCUUUGCAUAUUCACCAAUGUCUGAAGAAGUUACUUAUGCACAUCUAAAAUUCUCAGCAUCCAGAAAGACAGAACAUAUCCAGGAGCCUGACACAUCUGGGACAAAAGCAUGUCCUGCUUGUUCCUAUGUGUGGCGUCCAACAGCCUUAAUGCUGACUGUCGUAUGCCUUCUGCUGCUUAUUGGACUAGCAGUAGUAGGAAGCAUAUUUUAUACCACUUUGAAGACAGAAAAAGAAAAAUUGAAUGCAUUGCAAAAUGUCAAAGAAGAACUUCAGAGAAACCUUUCUCUCCAACUGAUAGCUAACAUAAAUAAGUCUGAAAAUAUAAGAAAUCUCUCUAUUACUCUGCAAAAUUUUGCCACCAAAUUAUGUCGGGAGCUGAAUAAAAAAGAACCAGGGCACAAAUGUAAACCUUGUCCAAACAGUUGGAUAUGGUACAAGAAUAACUGUUAUUUCUUCUCUGAAAUAAGUAAAACAUGGCAAGAGAGUGAGAGGUCAUGUUCUGCACAGAACGCCAGCUUGUUGCAGACUGACGACAACAUUAUAUUGGAAUUUGUAGAUAAGAGAUCAAGAGUUUACUGGAUGGGAUUAUCUCCAAAACAAGAUCACAAAAACUCAGAGGAAGUGGAUGAGAACAUUAUCUCCUCUGCCAGGCAUACAAUAAACAUAAAUGAGAUGCAAUGUAGGUAUGUGUACAAAAAAACGAUUUAUUUCACUGACUGCACUACGUACAACAGAUUUGUGUGUGAGAAGAAGGCCAAUCUAGUGGAGGUUGAAAGCAUGGUACUGAGUGAAGAUGCAGAUGAAUGUAUAUAAUUUAUUGUUUUGCUUCAGAUUUUAUCCUGCAAUGGAAGAAACACAGAAGUUCAGAAUCAUGAAAGGCAUUCAAAUUCCGGAUUAAAUUUCUACCUCUUUCCUAAAUUUCAUGUCUUUUUAUGUCCUUAUAUAUCAAACAGAAUAAAAAUAGUAUUUCUUAGUGAACACAGGAAUCUGAAGUUUUUCUCACUGAUCUGUAGUAAUAAACCAAGUAAAUUUCAAUUUCAUGAAAAAAAAAAAAAAAAAAAAAAAAGAAAAUUAGAUUUGACCCAGGCAUGGUGGCAUGUGAGUGAGAAUGCCGGGGCCCACCGGAUCCUGAUUUGAUCCAGAUCCAGGCCCAGAGUGUGAAUGAGACCACGUGGGACCCGCUGGAUCUUCAUUUGACCCAGAGUACAAGCCCAGUGUGGAACCCUGCAACAGAACUUCCU